AUGAACCCAUUAUGUCUUGAUCAAGGUGUAGGUCUUAUUCCAUGGUCACCACUUGCACGGGGUUUCCUCACAGGAAAUCGAAAUAAGGCGGAUAUUAAUAAAGAAAACACUGAAAAAACUUCCGCUACUAAACGAACAGAAACUGAUGAAUAUAUGCAUAAACUCUAUUAUGCAGACAACGAUUUUGAGAUUGUUGAACGAUUGAAAACAGUCGCAGAGAAGAAGCAGGUUAAACCGGCUCAAUUAGCUUUAGCAUGGAUUUUAUCUAAAUCGGGUGUUUGUGCACCAAUCAUUGGUGCAACGAAGAUGUAUCAAUUAGAAGAAGCAGUUGCUGCAACUCAAAUCAAACUUUCCGAAGAAGAAAUCAAACAUUUAGAAGAACUAUAUCAACCCCAUCGUAUUCUUGGUCAUCAGUAG